UAAACGUUGUUGUUAUAUGUAAAGUGUAAAUAAGUAAGGAAUAUUAAAGGAAGUGUGAAUAUAAAAAAGUCAAGAUGAAUGAAGUAUGGAAGAAAUGGUGCAGAUUGUGCGGUUGCAACAAAAUCAAAGAUUUUGAUGUCAAGAUCCACUUCGUAAGCAUUAAUGAAACUGUUUAUACAGCUGCUCUGAAAUACUUUGGAAUAUUGAUUUCAAAAAAUGAUGAUAACAGUAAAGUUUGCCAUAUGUGCGAUAAUGCUGUAAAAUCUAUCAUCAAAUAUAACGAUCAUGUAUUAAAAGUCAAUGAAAUGUUCAUAGAUUUGGAAAAAAACUACACUAAUAAAAAUGUUGAUAUAAGCUUUUUGAAAGAAAAAUAUGGUUUGUUUAAUGAAGAUAAUCUUUUGCAUAAUCACAUAAUCAAUGGAAUUACUAACAUUUCUACUUCGGAAACAAAAAAUAACGUUCAAAUUAAAUCAGAAUUCAGUAUUUCUCCAAAAGUUAAUAAAACUGAGGAAUGUUAUAAUGAAAUAAGCGGUGUUAAUGAUUGUUUUGAACAAGUUAAAGAAAGGUUCAAUCAAAACGCUUGGAAUAACAUAGAAGUCGAAUCUGAAAAGCCUCUUGAAAACAGAGUCUUAGGGGUGAACGAUAGCACAGGUAAAAAAGAAAACUUAAAAUGCGAAAUAUGUUGUAAAGUAUUUCAAUCCACUAAGGGAAGAACAAUUCAUAUGAAAAAACAGCAUUCAAUUAAAAAAGGUCCCCCGUUUACAUGCAAUACUUGUGGUAGAAUAUUCAAGAGAUUUCAGCAGCUUAACAUUCACGAAUCUAUUCAUUUAUCAGAAAAAGAACGAAAAUUUUACUUUUGUCCAAAGUGUAAUAAAAAGUUUGUUAGUGAGUGGUACGUUCAAGAUCAUAUAAGAAUAGUUCAUGAUGGUGAUAGACGUUUUAUUUGCGAACUUUGCGGUGCUGCAUUUGGAACAAAUAAAAAUUUACUAGACCAUCAUUUAACACAUUCUGAAGAAAAGAAAUUUCAUUGUUCAAAAUGUAACAAAGCAUUCAAGUGCAAACGAACACUAAAGUUUCAUGUUGAAACUCAUGAUGAAACCGAGUAUCCUUGUCACUUGUGCGGUUUAAAACUAAAUACUAAAAGAAUUUUACGUCGCCAUAUGCUCGUUCAUUCUGAUGAAAAUAAGUACAAAUGUAAUUUCUGCUCAAAAGAAUUUAAAAGACAGUACGAAUUCAAAAAUCAUUUGUUACUUCACACUGGUCUUAAGCUUUACCAAUGUUCAUUUUGCGAAUUGACAUUUUCGAAUGGUUCAAAUUGCCGCAAACAUCAAAGAGCUAUUCAUUCCAUUGAGCUAGCAAAUGCAGAAUCGAAAGGAACGCUAAUACUAGUAGAGAAUGUGCCUAGUUUCAAACAGCUAAUGGCAGCAAAUGAAGAAGCAUUAAUAAGAAACAAAUCUUAGUUCAUAAAGGUUUUUUCAAUAUACAAACAAUGGAAUUAAAUUAUUGUUAAUUUAAAAAGUAACAUAAAUUUGUAUGGCAAUAAAAUUUUAACUUAUUCGAAGAAGAUUUUCCU